AAUUCCUAGUCCGUUGUCAGGGAUUCGACUUUCAAUUCUGUUGUAGAAGGCGGCAAAUGUGGUCGCUUCUUUUGUUAUACGAAAGUUACUGACUUGUGUUUUCUAGAACGGUGUGAUGCUACUUCUGUUUAGAGUUUUCCUGAUAUCCACAGUGUUUAUAUGUUUAGGAGCAGGCAUCAUCGUUCCAGAUCACUCAUUGAAACACCGAAUCGGACCGGAUGUAUUACUGUUGCGUCUGGACAAACUUUUGGAUGUGUGCAUUGCCAAUUAUGAAGAUUUGACAACUGAUUUAUUGCUCGGGGUGGCAAUUGCCAACGGUCAAUUAAAAUCCAUUUUGGCUGAUUCCGCCUUAACGAACCGUCCCUACAUCUCAGCGCUACAGAAGAAGUGUGACUACGUAGAGAGUCGAAUCGAAAGCAUAUUUUUCUUCCCAAGUGGAGCAAAUGCAAUUGUCAGCAAAGUGUUAAUAAAUUCUAACUUUUGGAAAACCACUUUCGAUCCGGACGACCGAUCGCUCAAAUGCUACCACGAACGUCGUCGGCGAUCGAAUGAACGACAUACACUACGGGAUUAUCUUCAAGUACUGGAAAUCGGAUCCCCGAAUGAAGUACAAUCAGAUCAAUGCCUGUCUGAGCUUUUGGUGAAUGAGUCUGAAAACAAGCUCAACUCGACCAUAUCGUGGAAUCAUGCAAACCACCCUGGAUCCCUUCGUUUAAGCCGUUCAUGCAUUGCUGCAAUGUCCGUGAAAGUGAAAUCCUACGGGUAUCGUUUAACUCACAAGCUUCUCUUCUACACAAUUUUGAGGCGACAACGUUUUGUCAACGUAGAGGAGAGCUUCGUCCGUGCCGCUGAGGAUAGGCUUUGUGCUCAAAUCUUACAGGAGGCUCAGCUAAUCGCAAGUCUUCGUUUUCCGGAAAUGUUUCGAGAUCUGUUCAUGGAACAGGUUUUUCUUUGUGCUUUUGCGGGAUACAAAGAGUUCAAGCAUCAAGCAUGGAUAAACGAGAUUGUUGGAUGGCAAAAUACGAACGGUUGUUUUAAGUAUUACAAAGACUUUGACGAAUCAGAAACAAAUCAGCUGAUACGACUAUGCUCAACUCAUAUGUCUGGUUUGGGAGCAGCAAUUCUCGGUUUAUUUGCCAGGUUGCAAUACUAAUCGGUUGAAUAUCGGAGCUACAACAUGUAAUAACCAAAAACGAUUUCCUAGUCGAUAACUAAGGAUUUGCUGUCAGAAGAAGAUAUUUAUGAAUAAAUCAUUAUAUUAUUUAUUCCACUAACUAGCAAAAUGAUCU